AUGGGUGCCAUGAACUUUUCGCUCUUCACGCCGCAGCCAGUGCAGCCGACUCUUCCGCAGGCACAGCAGCAACAGACGCAGCAGCAGCAUCAGCAGCAGCAGCAACAGACACAACAGCAGACACAACAGCAGCCGCAGCAGCAGCCGCAGCAGCCGCAGCAGCACUCCCAGAGCUCCUCCGACCUGCCACCCCAGUCCACUCAGGCAGCCCAGCAACUGGCUGCAUCCGGUGCUCCGUUCAUGGUCAUCCCCGGCUCGUCGCUCGUUGGUGGAAUGCACUCCCCGUCCGUGCUCCUGGCUAACUUGUUGGCCUCGCCGUCCCCGCUGAUGAUGAUGCCCCCGUCGCCAAUGUUCCUGGGCAUGUACAACGCAAGCGCCAUGCAGCAGCAAAAGCACCUUCAUCAGAUCAUGGCACUGGACAAGUUCCAGCAGCAACAACAACAACAAGCACCGCAGCUGCUGCAACAUCAUUUGCGCCAAGACACCACGACACACAACCCCAUGACUGGCUCCGGGGGGAUGCGCACUGGUGCGCACUCUGCUACUACAUCCUCCUCCGUCAUGUCCCCGCCGAAUACCACCAUAUCCGAGUCAUCGUCGGUCUCCUCCAUCAUGUCCACCUCGGCCUCGUCAAGCUCUCCCAUGCCUGCAGGCAACGCAAAGUCUGUCAGCUGCUCGCUGACCUCCCAUCUUAUGCCCUCUCCUCCGCUGUCCGGACGAUCGGGCUUUUUGCUUGCCAGCUCCAACUUUUCCCAGUCUGACGAGCACACUCCCAUGCAGGUUGAAUCUGCCUCUGCAAGUGUUGCUGCCAAUUGA